AUGGUCGACGACCGCCUAAACUUUAACGUGCACGUCGACUACGCCUGCGAAAAGGCGGCGACGGCGGUUAAUACAUUGGCGAGGAUUAUACCAAGCGUGGGCGGUCCAAGAAGUAGUAAGAGGCGCUUCUUGGCAAAUGUUGCAACCUCAAUACUUAGUGCCAGCCUGGGCUGCGGCGCUAAAAACGAAGAGAAACCGUGGGAAGCUGAACAGUGUGUUCCGGCUCAUGGCUAUGAGAGUCGCGAGUGUCUACAGAACAAUCCCGUCGGAGAGGAAGACGUCGAGUGCUACCGGCGGAGGAAUGCUAGGAAUACGAGAGCAGCUGCUAGAACGAACUCGCUGGCGAAGUGGCAACAAGAGUGGGACAAUGCGGCGAACGGAAGAAAGCAGAGAGAGGUAAACUUCCAGCUGACGCAGUUUCUGUCCGGGCAUGGCUGUUUUCGGAAGUAUCUGUUUCGGUUUGGACACGUGCCUUCCCCUCUUCGUCCGGAGUAUGUGAACGUGGAGGAAACACCAGCGCACGUCGUCUUUGAUUGCCCUAGAAUCGCGGAGAUACGCAGGGGUAUCCGCGGCGUAACAGUCGCCAACAUUGUCGAGGAGAUGUUUCGCAACGAAGACACGUGGAACGUUGUUGACAGAAAAGUAACGGGGAUACUGUGCGCGCUGCAGAGGAAGUGGCGCGAAGGCCAGAGAGCGCCGGACAGCGAUCCGGUUAGGGAUGAUCCACCGCCGGGAACAUGA